UACCCUUCUUCUUUCCUCUCUCUCUCAACUCUCAAGUCUCAGCCGCUCACCUCGCCAUUUCUCUUACUGUUCUUUUUCCCUCACUCUGUCAGGCGCUCGAUUGCCCUGACGGCUACCUUUCUGGUGGCCACAGCGACUGUCCGGCGGUCCUUGCCCUGCCUGGUCGUCAUUUCCCUUACCCUUCUUCUUCCCUCUCUCUCUCAGGCACUCACAUUGCCCUGUCCGGUAGCCACAGCGACUGUCCGGCGUCCCUGCCCUGCCCGCUCACCUCGCCCUGCCCGGCGCCCUGUCUGGUUGCAACGUCGACCGGCCGGUCGUCCCUGCCCUGCCCGGUGCCCCUGCCCCUGCCGCAGCUUGCCAGUCUGAGUCCGACUGCUGAGAUGGCUAGUGAGGAUGAAGUCCCAACUACCCCUGGUGCCGGUGCGUCAGCCACAUCACCUCUUGUUGUUGAGGGAGUGAGGUCUUCAACUGCAUAUAAAGGAAAGAAACGGUCAGCUGUCUGGGAUGAUUUCGAAGAAGUAGUAGUUAAGAAUGUCACUAAGAUCAGAUGUCUGCACUGCAAAAGUUUAUACAGCAAAAAUGCCGGGGGUUCAACUUCUCAUUUAAACAGACAUAGGGAAAGUUGUGCAAGGAGACGUAGAAUUUCACCUUCAAGCCAACAAUUGCUAUCGUUUACAAAGUUCGAAGGAUCUGCUUCUGAAGAUUUAUCACCUACAAAUGAACCUGUUAAGAAUAUAUCGAAAGAUGGAACAGUUCCCUCCACAGAAGCAGAAGCAGAAGCAAAGGAGACUACUAUCAGUAUCACUGUUGUUGGAGCUUCUGGGGACCUUGCUAAGAAGAAGAUUUUUCCAGCUCUUUUUGCUCUUUUUUAUGAAGAUUGUCUUCCCCAGCAUUUUACAGUUUUUGGUUACGCUCGUAGUAAACUGACUGAUGAGGAGCUGAGGAAUAUGAUUAGUAGUACUCUCACAUGCAGAAUUGAUAAGCGGGAAAAUUGCAGCCACAAGAUGGUGCAAUUCUUACAGAGGUGUUUCUACCAUUCAGGUCAGUACAGUUCUGAGGAUAAUUUCUUGGAGCUAGACAGAAAGCUGAAAGAAAAGGAGGCUGGGAGAUUGCCGAAUAGGCUAUUUUAUUUGUCAAUUCCUCCGAAUAUAUUUGUGGAUGCCGUAAGAUGUGCUAGCUAUUGCGCUUCUUCUGCAACUGGGUGGACUAGAGUCAUUGUCGAAAAGCCGUUUGGUCGAGACUCCGAGUCAUCUGGAGAGCUGACAAGAUGUUUGAAGCAGUACUUAACUGAGGACCAAAUCUUUAGGAUUGAUCAUUAUUUGGGCAAGGAGCUUGUCGAGAAUCUCUCCGUGCUUCGCUUCUCCAACCUUGUUUUCGAACCAUUAUGGUCCAGACAAUACAUCAGAAACGUGCAGCUGAUAUUCUCUGAAGAUUUCGGAGUAGAAGGCCGAGGCGGGUAUUUCGACAGCUACGGAAUCAUCCGAGAUAUAAUGCAGAACCAUCUCCUUCAAAUUCUCGCUUUAUUUGCCAUGGAGACACCUGUCAGUUUGGAUGCAGAGGACGUCAGGAAUGAAAAGGUCAAAGUUCUACGAUCAAUGCGGACGUUACAGCUCGAUGAUGUGGUUGUGGGACAAUAUAAGGGUCAUACAAAGGGAAGUAAAACUUAUCCCUCAUAUACAGAUGACCCCACCGUUCCUAACCAUAGCUUGACAGCUACAUUCGCCGCGGCUGCUUUGUUCAUUGACAAUGCAAGAUGGGAUGGGGUGCCUUUCCUGAUGAAAGCUGGUAAAGCGCUACAUAACCGGAGAGCGGAGAUCCGGGUUCAGUUCAGGCAUGUCCCAGGUAACUUGUACAAGGGGAAGUUUGGAAUGGAUAUGGAUGAAGCGACUAACGAGCUUGUGAUUCGAGUGCAACCCGAUGAAGCAAUCUAUCUGACAAUCAACAACAAGAUUCCAGGGUUGGGCAUGAGACUUGACCGCAGUAACCUGAACCUACUUCACAAAGCGAGGUACCCAAGGGAAAUCCCAGAUGCAUAUGAGAGGCUGCUCCUAGAUGCGAUGGCAGGGGAGCGCCGUCUGUUCAUCAGAAGUGAUGAACUUGAUGCUGCUUGGGCACUUUUCACGCCGUUGUUGAAGGAACUGGAAGAAAAGAAGAUUGCGCCAGAGCUUUAUCCGUAUGGCAGCAGAGGGCCAGUGGGGGAGCAUUAUCUUGCUGCUAAAUACAAUGUUCGAUGGGGAGAUCUCACCAGCGACGACUCUUAGUGAAUUUCUCCCAUUUGGGUCAGUUUCUGUCAACCUCUAUGUUCAUAAGAAUGACAGUAGAAUGUGGAAACCAAUGCAUGUGGAACUUCACUAAAUGUUUUUACCAUGAUUCUUUUCACUAUAUGAUGUACAUACACCUAAAAAUGAAGAAGGAAUUUUCUUGGGUUGGUUUUUGUUUCA